CAUUGGCUACUCGUAUUCUUCAUUUAUUGGGUCGUGAAGGACCACGCACCACGACACCAGCUAAAUAUAUUCGUUAUAUUUAUAAUCGUGUUAUUCUUGGAAAUGCACCUGUUCGAGCUGAUAAAAUCCUUUUUCAAUUUACUUUUGUUUUUAUCAGUAAUUAAGUAAUUACUUGUGCAGCUGCGGUGAGUGCAUUGGCUAAGUUUGGUGCUGCCUCCGAAGAAUUAUUACCAAAUAUUUUGGUAUUUUUACACAGAACAACACUCGAUCAAGAUGAUGAAGUUCGUGAUCGUGCUACUUUUUAUUAUCAAUUAUUAAAACAUAGUGAUAAGGCAUUAAAUUCAGCUUAUAUUCUCAAUUCAAUGAAUGUGUCGUUGUCAGCACUUGAACGUCUUUUACAUCGUUAUACAAUGGAAGCAACAACUAAACCGUUUGAUGUUAGAUGUGUACCGAUUGAAACAGUUCAUGUAGAACAACCUAAAGCUUCUAUGUUAAAUUUCAUUGUGUUUGUUUUCGUUUAA